AUGGAUUCGGUGACAUCAGCACUUGCAAAUGUGGCUGCUAAUAAAGGUGGUAUUUAUGGAAGUCUAGUUUAUUUACGUUCCGAAAUGUCAAAAAAAAAUGGAGCAUUAAAAGAAUUUCAAGAAUAUGGUGGUGUCAAAAUAUUGAGCAGAUUACUACAACAAGUUAACCCUAAAAUAACAUCAUUAGUUUUAAGCAUUCUUGGAGACUACAGUAUGAAUUCAGAGUGCCGUGAGGAAUUACUUCAUUAUGGUGUUCUCAAAGACCUUAGUUUCAUAAUGAAAAAUAUAAAUGUUGAUUCGAUUCACUAUCGCAUAUUUAGGUUGAUCGCUAAUCUAGCUAAAUCUGAAGCCCAUAUUCAUGCCAUGUACAAACAUAAUAUUCAUAGUAUAACUAUACAAAUAUUAUCAAAUACUGAUAGUGAUCUUACCAGAUAUACAGCAAUUCGAGCUCUUAGAAAAAUAUUUGAAAAUUCAUCAAAAAUUGGUUGUUCAGAAAUGUUAAAAUUACGAGCUGUUAAAAUAAUCUCAGAUUCCUUAAAAUCAGAACGCAAGGAAAUAGUUAUGGCUGUUCUAAGAGCUCAAACCGCCAUUUUGUAUCGAGUUUUAGAUUUAAAACAUGCAAAAAAUAGCUUGGAUGCUGUUGUACAGAUUUUAGGAAAUAGUGAAGAAAAAAGUAUUGAUAACAUAUGUAUUUUAGUGAAUUUACUACCAGAACAACCAUUAGUUUCCAAAAUUAUAUACGCAAUGUGUAAAAUUCGAGACGCUUUAGGAUAUUUACAUCAAUCACGUUUGAUCGUGCAUAUCACUGAAAUUCUAAAAAAAGAAGAUAACCAUUAUUUAACAUUAUCAAUGUGCCUUUUAUUGCAAUGCCCACUCAACCGUAUUAGAUUUGUUGGUAUACAAGACUGGCAGAGCAUAUUUUUGGGCUUAAUUACCAGUACAAAUCAUACUUACAUUGAUAUAGCAAUUAAUACUUUACCACAUUUUCAAUACUGCAAGGUUACGAUAAAAGUAUGUAUCAACUUAUUCUAUUCUGUGGUAUCACUCAAAUAA